UUCCAACAGGCUCGUUUGGUGGGUAGACUCUCACUGUGCGACUAUGGCCUUCUUCGGUUUAACACACCUGGGUUAUCAAAACCCAAUAGGCGAUAAAAAGAUAGUGAAUCCUACAGGAGCGUCUCAGUCUCAGGUAACAUACUUCUUUAAAGAUGCUAGGAUCAACAGCAGAGCGGGGCCACCUCCAUCGCUUCAAGAACAACAGGGACCCCUCACAUGUGCAGACAAAUGCAGCGUUUACCAUCAGCCUCUUCCAUACAGCACUGACAUACACCAUGGGAGCCAUGAACGAUACAAAGAGAUGGUCAAACGGGUUCACACACCCAGAUCUCCCAACCAGCUGUACAUAAUGCCUCUGACGGACAGUCAGCAGUACGGAUGGGUGAGUCCUGCACAAUGGACGCAAGUCAAACGGUUUCCCCGAAAGAACAGUGAGAUGACCAAAUUUGUCAAAGAAAUGUCAGUGACAGACCGGGAGUUCAGUCUUUUCUGAUAGCCCUCCUCGUUUUUCUUCUUCUUCUUCACCUUGACUCACACACAGAUGUAACAGAAGCAGCAUCAGUUUUAAUGAGAAUUUCUGAAAUUAAACUGAUAGCAGAUCUACUUUUGGAGAUUUUUCAUGCUUCAUUUUGUUGAUUCUUUCAUUAUCAAUUAAUGAUGAAUUCAUUUUUCACAUUUAAGUAAUUGUUGAGUGGUCAGUAAGUAUCUCUCUAAAACUGUACUGUAUGAAGUCUAGUGGUAUGAAUAUUCAAAAUGAGUUCAGGUGGGUACAAAAAUCUACAGGUUGCUCAUUGGGAGAAAAAUAAAAGAUUAAACAAAUUCAUUGUUAACCAAGCAAACUGGAGUUCUUGAAAGAAUUCAAAACAUAUAUAUUACAAACCAAACUAACAUAAGACAUAAGAAGUCAUCUUACCACCUCUCAGGGGUCCAGACCUGCAGGUUCCAAAGCACUGCUGGAUUGGUCCUUAGAAAUAGUGAGAUUGUACUGCCCCCUGGAAGAAAUGAAGAUAACUACUUCUUAAUUUUAGAAGAUAAUAGACUUUGAGGUUUUUUUUGAUGUUGCCAGAUUUGAGAUUACAUUUUUUCACCUGCUGCUCAGCAAAGACCCUAAAGGGUCUCAAAUCAGUAAAUAACAAUGUUUGUUUGUGUAAUUUCCAAGCCGCAGUAAUCAAGACAUGCUGGGCUUUUCUGCAACAUUUGUGAAGGACAUCAGUUGGAUCAGGAGAUCAUCCUGCUGGAGUUCAUGGUCAGGUCUGUGGUGGACUGUCAGACGAUGACCAUGAAUGUGUCUAAGCUUACUAUCUCAGCACACUCAUCACAUGAAGAAUGCAUGGUCACUUGUACACAUGAGGUGCACCAGUACAGGAAACUGAAAGAUCUCUUUUGCCUUUCUGGUUGAAAUGGGAAUGAAGUGGGACCAGGAGUAUCUAAGCUUACAGUAAAUGCCUGUCUCUGUUGGCAUGGAUAUCUGUCAGCUAUCAGUGAUGGAUUGAACUAACUACAUUUCCUCAAGUACUUAGUACUUACAAAUUUGAGGUUCACUACAGUUCAAAGGGAAAUACUGUACUUUUUACUGAAUUAUUUUUAUCUGACAGCUUUAGUUAUUAGUUACUUUAAAGAUUAGGAUUCUUGCAUACAAAAAAUAUAAAGCAUUUAUAAAAUAUGAUGCUUAAAUGUAAAUUCCCUUGGUAGCAGUAUUUCAGGUGUGUUUUGGUCCGUACCAAGCUAGAUUUUCACACAACCUUGACAAAUUACAUGUUAUUUGAAAGCUCUAAGUGUGCCGAUUCUAUCCAUCCCCAUAUCACUGCAACAGCCGUUGACAAAGAAUUCAGAUAUCUGGCAAAAGCUCCAAAGUGUUUUCCACAUCAAAGGUACCAGCACAAGCCUUAUAUUCGUUAUUUUCUGAAAAAAGGAGACUAGGAACAAAAAUCUAUAUUGCUACAAUGUUUGUGCUUCUGUCAAUUUUGUUCAGUAUCUCUCCACUCAUUCUGACUUUUUCAUUUUAUUUAGAGACUUAUCCUUCAAAGGAGACCAGAGUUAUGACUGCAAACAAAGGGCUGAACAACAGUAACCUUUUUAUUUUGGGUCCAUUAUUUUUAGGCUUGUGAGUGCAAAAUGGUGGUGUCUGUAAAGGAGCUAAUCUGCCCAUCACUAGAUUCAAGUACAGUUGAAAUAAAUAACAUUGUGAGGGUGUCACUUUGGGCUCUGGGUAACUGUGACAGCAUUUCUCACUAUUUUCAGAACUUUCAUGAGCCAGACGAUCAAUUGACUUAUCAAGACAAUAAUAAGCAUCUGUAGUUGCAGAACUGAAGGUGCACUAAUUAUCCACAGGUGGUACAAGUGUAUAAUUUCUAUAGGCUACUACUUACCGUAACUUUCCUGUAGACGGUGCAAGGAGGCACGUGUUCAUCAGCAGUCCUGCUGGUCCUGCAGCUCUGCUCUGAUGGACUUAGUUAAGUCUCAGGUUCUUUCCAUUUGUGACCACGUCCUUGUUUUGGCAGUCCAUUUCUUCAGCUUGUGGUCCACCGUCGUAUGAAUCCAAGACGUAUUCUUCAGAGAUUGGUUUAUUUCACUGUAAAAAUGGUGAGUGAAGAAUAGAAAGUCAUCUCUUUUAUGUUUCUUACAAUUACUGUUACUUACCAUAGAGAAUAUCUUUGUUUGCGGCCUUGUGUUGUCCAAUACGCCAAAAUCUUGUCAUUAAUGUUUGCUUUCAUGAAAAAAGUCAAACUGUGUGGCCUGCAUGGGUAAUUCUUAACACAUCCAAAGCAUUGAAUACAGUUAGUGUUGAUAUAUAAUAAUAAUACAGUUAGCACACAGAAUCCUUUAAAAUCUAGAAGUCUAUAUAUGUAAAUGGACACACUUUUUACAACUGUAAAAUAAACUCACAAUGGCAUUUACCACAAAUAUAAGUUAUUGUGUAAUUUAUGAUGGGUCUCUUCCUAUUAGCCACAGGUAAUACAUAUUUUCUGUACAAUCAACAAGAUUAGUAAAUAUAUGAUCACACAAACAGCCAUUGAUUUUUUUUUAUUUUUCUCUUCAAGGGGAAAUGUUAUUUUUCUCUUUGUCAUAGUCCUCAACUCUUCUUGUCCUUCAACUUUGCAAAACACUCCCCUCUCAACUCCUCCAACUCAGGGAAAAUACAAAUAAAACAAAAACAAAUACGGAAGGAUUCAUCAGGCCUGAGCAAAACACUGUUUCAGUAGUAUGGGGACAA